AUGAUUUACGCCAUUGAAAGGAUAAACAGUGAUCCUAAACUACUGCCAAACAUAACUUUGGGCUAUGACAUACAUGACUACUGUGAAAGCGCCUCCCUUGCUGUGAAUGCGACUUAUAAAUUUGUGAAAGAUAUGGAAUCGCAUUAUGUAUGCCCCAAAGAAUUCUUGGCGUCACAACCACCAAAUAAAACGGCACCAGGACAUGUCAGUCCCCUGAUCUCUGUUAUAGGGCCUGGCGAUUCUGGUAGUUCUGUGUUAGUGGGAAGUCUGCUCAAAGUUGCGGGGGUACCUGUCAUCAGUUUCGGUGCUACCAGUGAGGAAUUGAGCUCACCAUUUUACAAGCACUUUUACAGGACCGUGCCUUCGGACAAGCAGCAAGCGAGUGCCAUGGCGGAUUUGUUUGAAUAUUUCGGUUGGAACUAUGUCGGGGCGAUUGCUGUUGAUGACUCAUACGGCAGGUAUGGCGUGUGGGCUCUUGAAAAGGAAUCGUUUACACGAAAAUCAUUUUGCAUUGCGCUGUCAGAAUACAUCCCGCGUUUAAACUAUAUGAACAAGAUUAAAAUUAUUAUAUCAAAGCUGAAGAGAGAAAGAAAAGUUAAAGUCAUUGUACUUUGGCUAUUUGGCGGCUAUGGAAAAAGUUUUUUAAAAGAAGCAGAAAAGCAGCAAAUUUUCGACCGUACCUGGAUUUUUAAGCGAUGCCCUUGCAUCUGA